AUGACCCAGCACAUCCACAGCUGUGGUGACUAUGGUGAAAGACUCCUUUUGUUUGAGAAAAGUAGGGGUGAAAACAAAGGGAACUCAGUCUUGCACCUUAGGCCAAGGCUGUUGAUCAACAUUUCUGGACCUGCCUUGGGCCAAACGGGAGCCAAUGGCCCUGAAGGACAGCAUCUCCGGACCCACCCAGGGCUUGGAGGAACUUGCUGCUCUGAAGGAGAAAAAGUCAGCGCCAGGGAGCCCGAGUGGCCGCCAUUACUGAGCCUGGCGCUGCGGCUGGCGCUGGGAGAGCGGGGAGGGAUGGGGCCGCAGCUGGUGGCAGAGAGGGAGGGAGGGAGGGACGGUGAGCAGGCUGCGGGAGCCGUGGGGCUCAGGGUUUCGGGGCGUGUGUGUCGGGGAGGGCGGAGGGAGGUGGCUGAAGGGACGCGCCGCUCGGUGAGCGCGCCGCGGAAGACAGAGCCUCGUCCCCCAUCCUAUACUAUCAGUGUAGCUGGACUCUCUGGGACUGAAAAAGACAAAGGUAGCUGUGGAGUUGGAAAGUCUUGUUUGUGCAAUAGAUUUGUACUCUCAAAAGCAGAUGAAUAUUAUCCACAGCAUACUUCUGUGCUUAGCACCAUUGACUUUGGAGGACGAGUAGUAAACAAUGAUCACUUUUUGUACUACUGGGGUGACAUAACACAAAAUGGUGAAGAUGGAGUAGAAUGCAAAAUUCAUGUCAUAACAGAGUUCAUUGAUGACCAGACAUUCUUGCCUCAUCAGAGUAUGAAUUUGCAACCAUAUAUAAAACGUGCAGCUGCAUCUAAAUUGCAGUCAGCAGAAAAACUAAUGUACAUUUGCACUGAUCAACUAAGCUUAGAACAAGACUUUGAACAGAAGCAAAUGCCUGAAGGGAAGCUCAAUGUAGAUGGAUUUUUAUUAUGCAUUGAUGUAAGUCAGGGAUGCAAUAGGAAAUUUGAUGAUCAACUUAAAUUUGUGAAUAACCUUUUCGUCCAGUUAUCAAAAUAAAAAAUACCUAUAAUAAUAGCGGCAACUAAAUGUGAUGAGUGCGUGGAUCAUUAUCUUAGAGAAGUUCAGGCAUUUGCUUCAAACAAAAAGAAGCUUCUUGUAGUGGAAACAUCAGCAGGAUUUAAUGUCAACAUUGAAACGUGUUUCACUUCACUGGUACAAAUGUUGGAUAAAACUCAUAGCAAGCCUAAAAUUAUUCCCUAUUUGGAUGCUUAUAAAACACAGAGACAACUUGUCACAGCAACAGAUAAGUUUGAAAAAUCGUGCAGACUGGGACAAUAUCAUGCAACUUGGAAAACUGUUAGUAAUAAAUUAAAAAAUCAUCCUGAUUAUGAGGAAUACAUCAACUUAGAGGGAACAAGAAAGGCCAGAAAUACAUUCUUAAAACAUAUACAACAACUUAAACAGGAACGUAUAAGAAAAAGGAGAGAAGAGUAUAUAAAUACUUUACCAAGAGCUUUUAUCUUGCCAAGUCUAGAAGAGAUUGAACAUCUGAAUUGGUCAGAAGCUUUGAAGUUAAUGGAAAAGAGAAUAGAUUUCCAGUUAUGUUUCGUGGUGCUAGAAAAAACAUCUUGGGAUGAAACUGACCAUAUAGACAAAAUUAAUGACAGGCAGAUUCCAUUUGACCUCCUGAGCACUUUAGAAGCUGAAAAAGUCUGUCAGAACCAUGUACAACAUCCAAUAUCCGAGAAGAGGAGGGUAGAAAUUAAGGAAAAAUUCAAAAAGACUUUCGAAAAAAUUCAAGUCAUUUCACCUGGACAGCCAUGGGAGGAAGUUAUGUGCUUUGUUAUGGAGGAUAAAGCCUUCAAGUAUAUCACUGAGGCUGAUAGCAAAGAGGUGUAUGGUAGGCAUCAGUAAGAAAUAGUUGAAAAAGCCAAAGAAAAGUUUCAAGAAAUGCUUUUUGAGCAUUCUGAACUUUUUUAUGAUUUAGAUCUUAAUGCAACACCUAGUUCAGAUAAAAUGAGUGAAACUCAUACAGUUCUGAGUGAAGAACCUAGAUAUAAAGCUUUACAGAAACUUGCACUUGAUAGGGAUUCUCUUCUACUUAAGCAUAUAGGAUUUGUUUAUCAUCCCACUAAAGAAACAUGUCUUAGUGACCAAAAUUGUACAGACAUUAAAGUAGAGCAGUUACUUGCUAGCAGUCUUUUACAGUUGGAUCACAGCUGCUUAAGAUUAUAUCACGAUAGUACUAAUAUAGAUAAAAUUAACCUUUUUAUUUUAAGGAAGGUUGGCCUUGCCCAAGAACUAGCAAAUGAGAUAAGGACACAAUCCACUGAUGAUGAGUAUGCCUUAGAUGGAAAUUUUAUGAACUUGAUCUUCGGCCGUUCGCCUUACUUUUUGAGUCUGUUAUGGACUGCCACCUUUAAACCACAUCGGUGCUUCUGUGUAUUUAAUUCCAUUGAGUCAUUGAAUUUUAUUGGGGAAUUUAUUGGGAAAAUAAGAACUGAAGCUUCUCGGAUCAGAAAAGAUAAAUACUUGGCUAAUCUUCCAUUUACAUUAAUUCUGGCUAAUCAGAAACAUUCCACUAGUAAGAAUCUACCAAUUCUCAGGCACCAAGGGCAGAAGAUGGCAAACAAGUUACAAUGUCCUUUUGUAGAUGUACCUGCUGGUACAUAUCCUCAUAAUUUUAAUGAAACCCAAAUAAAGCAAGCUCUAAGAGGAGUACUGGAAUCAGUUAAACCCAAUUUGGAUGUGGUGAGCCCAGUUUCUGCCAAUAAGGACAUAUCAGAAGCUGACUUGAGAAUUGUCAUUUGUGCCAUGUGUGGAGAUCCGUUUAGUGUGGAUCUUAUUCCUUCACCCUUCCUUGAUUCUCAUUCUUGCAGUGCUGCUCAAGCUGGACAGAAUAAUUCCCUAAUGCUUGAUAAAAUCAUUGGUGAAAAAAGAAGGCGAAUACAGACCACAAUAUUAUCAUACCACUCUUCGAUUGGAGUAAGAAAAGAUGAACUAGUUCAUGGGUAUAUAUUAAUAUACUCUGCAAAACAGAAAGCAUCAAUGGGAAUGCUUCGAGCAUUUCUAUCAGAAGUUCAAGACAUUCCUGUACAGCUGGUGGCAGUUACUGACAGCCAAGCAGAUUUUUUUUUAAAUGAGGCUAUCAAAGAAUUAAUGACUGAAGGAGAACACAUUGCAACUGAGAUCACUGCUACGUUUACAGCAUUGUAUUCUUUAUCUCAGUAUCAUCGGCAAACUGAGAUCUUUAUUCUGUUUUUUAGUGAUGUUCUAGAGAAAAAACAUAUGAUAGAAAAUUCUUAUUUUUCUGAUAAUACAAGGGAAUCAACCUAUCAAAGUGAAGAUGUUUUUCUACCAUCUCCCAGAGACUGUUUUCUCUAUAACAACUACCCUGAUUCAGAUGAUGACACAGAAGCACUACCUCCUUAUAGUCCAACUGGGGAUGAUGUACAGUUGCUUCCCACACCUAGUGACCAUUCCAGAUAUAGAUUAGAUUUGCAAGGAAAUGAAUAUUCUAUUCAUAGUACCCCAAACUGUCAUGACCAUGAACACAACCAUAAAGUGUCUCCACCUAUUAAAACUAAACCAGUUGUACCUAAGACAAAUGUGAAAAAAAUGGAUCCAAACCUUUUAAAAACAAUUGAAGCUGGUAUUGGUAAAAAUCCAAGAAAGCGGACUUCCCGGGUGCCUUUGGCACAUCCUGAAGAUAUGGAUCCUUCAGAUAACUAUGCGGAACCCAUUGAUACAAUUUUCAAAUAGAAGGGCUAUUCUGAUGAGAUUUAUAUUGUCCCAGAUGAUAGUCAAAAUAGCAUUAAAGUUCAAAACUCACUUGUAAAUAACACCCAAGGAGAUGAAGAAAAUGGAUUUUCUGGUAGAACCUCAAAAAAUCAUGGGGAACGGAGGCCUUCAAAAUACAAAUAUAAAUCUAAAACUUUGUUUAGUAAAGCCAAGUCAUACUAUAAGAGAACACAUUCAGAUGCAAGUGAUGAUGAGGCUUUCACCACUUCUAAAACAAAAAGUAAAGGAAGACAUCGUGGAAGUGAAGAAGAUCCACUUCUUUCUCCCGUUGAAACUUGGAAAGGUGGUAUUGGUAAUCCUGCAAUCACUUCUGACCAGGAGUUAGAUGAUAAGAAGAUGAAGAAGAAAACCCACAAAGUGAAAGAAGAUAAAAAGCAGAAAAAGAAAACUAAGACCUUCAAUCCACCAACAUAUAGAAAUUGGGAAAUUAAUUACUUUGGGAUGCCCCUCCAGGAUCUGGUUACAGCUGAGAAGCCCAUAUCAGUAUUUGUUGAGAAAUGUGUGGAAUUUAUUGAAGAUACAGGGUUAUGUACUGAAAGACUCUGCUGUGUUAGUGGGAACAAAACUGACUAAGACAAUAUUCAAAAGCAGUUUGAUCAAGAUCAUAAUAUCAAUCUAGUGUCAAUGGAAGUAACAGUAAAUGCUGUAGCUGGAGCCCUUAAAGCUUUCUUUGCAGAUCUGCCAGUUCCUUUAAUACCAUAUUCUCUUCAUCCAGAGCUAUUGGAAGCAGCAAAAAUCCCAGAUAAAACAGAACGUCUUCAUGCUUUGAAAGAAAUUGUUAAGAAAUUUCAUCCUGUAAACUAUGAUGUAUUCAGAUACAUGAUAACACAUCUGAACAGGGUUAGUCAGCAAAAUAAAAUCAACCUAAUGACAGCAGACAACUUAUCCAUCUGUUUUUGGCCAAUCUUGAUGAGAGCUGAUUUUGAAAAUCAAGAGUUUCUGUCUACUACUAAGAUUCAUCAAUCUGUUGUUGAAACAUUCAUUCAACAGUGUCAGUUUUUCUUUUACAAUGGAGAAAUUGUAGAAACGACAAACACAGUGGCUUCUCCACCACCUUCAAACCCAGGACAGUUGGUGGAACCAAUGGUACUACUUCAGUUGCCGCCACCGUUGCAACCUCAGCUGACACAACCACAAUUACAAACGGAACCUCUUGGUAUUAUGUAA